AUGCCUACGCCACUUGAUCGCGCCCUGAACUCACGAAAUACAUUCCUUGCUUUCGCCGGCCUAGUCACUGCCGUAUCCGCAUGGACGAUCUGGGGUCCUAGCGCUGUCUUCCCCAGCGAGCCAGACCCAAAGGGCGACCCAGAAACGUGGACGGUCACUGAGUUGAGACGCUGGCUUGACCGGCGCGGCCUUCUCCCCAGCAGUAACGCCUCCCAGGACGAGCUGCUCGAGCGAGUAAAAGCGAACAUGCGGACGCCGCCGAGAGCUUAG